GUAAACACGUUUUUUUCUCUUUGUUUUCUUUAAUUUUCCAAUUUUCUCCAGUUUUCCACCGAUUUCAUGUUUUCUGUUUUCUUUUUCUAGUUUUCGGUUAGUAUACGGGCCCUGAAUUUCAUAGAAGUUCAUAGCCGUAAAGAAGAUGGAGAAGCUGAAAUCCGUAGUACCAAGCGCCCUCCGGCAGCAAAUUACAAAGAGCGGUCCUGCUGACCUUCCCGCCACUUGUUCUUCCCUCCUCCACUCCUUCAGUCACCUUCCCCAAUUCCACCAGAUUGUUAAGGAGUUGACAGACCCAAAAAAUGCUUUGUGCCGCAAGGAUUCCAAUGCUGCUUCUGAAUUAAAGCUUCGCGGCAAUGAAUCUUUCUCCAAAGGAGAUUACCAUAAAGCCCUUCAUUUCUAUACACAGGCAUUGCGAUUUGCUCCUUCGAAUAGCGAUGGUAUGGAGAAAAACCUAGUGGCGGUGCUCUAUGUGAAUCGUGCAUCUGCAUUGCAUAAUAUGGGUCUUUUUCUAGAGUGUUUAGAUGACUGUGGCCGAGCUCUUGCAAUUUCUCCAACUUAUGCUAAGGAUCUUAAUAGUUAACUUCAUUUUCAAUAUAUGCGGUUAUUGCGACAUGAUAUCUGCAGGCAUGGUUCAGGAGAUGUAAAGCAAAUACUUCUCUGGGAAACUAUGAAGAAUCAAUUCAAGAUCUUAAGGUUUCCCUAAAGAUGGAAGCUUCGUUGAGUGGAAAGAGGCAAAUAGAAGGCGAACUCGGAAUUAUUUUGGACAGACAAAAACUGAUGCAUAGUUCAUUAUAUGAGUCCAACAAGAAUGGGUCUGAUGCUAGAACUUAUGUGACAGAUGAGCCAGUCCAAGGAAAUGUUCAAUGUGUGUCUCUAUCCACAAAAGGAAGAGGAAUAGUAUCUUGUGCUGAUAUUCAUUUGGGCUCUUUGGUUCAUAAAGAAGAUCCUUAUGCAGCGAUUAUCUUGAAGACCUGCCGGGAGACUAACUGUCAUUUCUGCUUCAAUGAACUACCAGUACAUGCAGUUCCAUGUGAAUCAUGCUCUAUACCAUUAUAUUGCUCUAGUCAAUGCCAAUUAGUAUCUGGAGGAAAAGUGUUUGGUAAAAUUCCCAGGAAAGGUGGCUUUCAUAAAGACCUACCGAAUGAACUUGAAAAAUAUAUUUCUGAAUGCAUUUCAGUUGAUAAUUCAGAUCAAUGUACUGAGCAUAUUCCUGAGCACAGACAUGAAUGUGAAGGCGCUCAUUGGCCUUCAAUAUUACCCUCAGAUGUAGUUUUGGCUGGUCGGGUCAUUGUGAAAUUUAUCGAGCAACAAAAGAAUUCUGGUUGUGUUUCAAACCUCCAAGCAGUUUUGGAUCUCUGCCACAACUAUGCGCACCUCCCUCCUGAUACUAAACUGGAGAUGCAUAUAUACUCAAUCAUGCUGUUGAAUUGUCUUCAAAAAUUUUAUGCACCAAAACUCCCCGUGACAGGGGCUAUCAUUUCACAGGUAGUUAUACUUCUAUCACAAAUCAGAGUGAAUGCAAUGGCUAUUGUCAGGAUGAAAUCUUUUGAUAUGAGAGGGCCUUCAGAUGAGCAUGGGAAUGAUUUUACCAGUACAUUAGAACAGGUCAAGGUUGGUCAAGCUAUAUAUUUGGCGGGUAGUAUGUUUAACCAUUCGUGUAGGCCAAACAGUCAUGCUUACUUUCUUUUACGCACCCUCCAUGUACGAAUCACAGAUUCUGUGUCAGUGGGGUCUGAACUUGAAAUCUCUUAUGGACCACAGAUCGGGCAGUGGGACCACAAAGACCGCCAGAAGAUAUUGAGAGACAACUACUCAUUUAGCUGUCAAUGUAGUGGCUGCUCACAACUAAAUCUAUCUGAUCUAUAUAUUAAUGCUUACAAGUGUGCUAAACCAGACUGUGAUGGUGUGGUUCUUGACAGCACACUCGCUAGCUAUGUGAAACAAAAUGUAGACCCCAUCUUUGGCGACCCGAUCAUUCCCUACACUCCGAAGCAGGUUGAAAGUACUGGAAAUAAUGGAAUCGUUGGACUGGCUCAUUAUGUGGUCGAUAAACAAGAUUAUAAUUAUCUAAAUCCUGGGCAUUGCUUGAAUUGUGGUUCAUAUUGUGAUCUAGAAUCUGCCUCUGCUGCAAUCAGCAAAGCUGAGAAUUGUAUCAGAAGGUUGCAAGAUGCAAUAAGUAUCAAUGAUUUCCAAGCUGAAUCACUUUCCAAUGCCUUGAUGGUUUCUAAUCUUCUGAGAUCAACACUGCAUCCAUGUAACAAGAGAAUAGCUGAGUUUGAGGACAAUAUUGCACAGGCGAUGUGUUUGGUUGGAGAACCACAAGCUGCAAUUGAUCAUUGUAAACUGUCCAUCAAGAUCCUUGAGAAACUCUAUGGUUCAAAUCACAUUGUCAUCGGAAACGAAUUGGUUAAACUCCGAUCCAUUCAAAUGCAACUCGGAGACUGCAAUGCUGAAAUUACUACAAAGAGAGCAUAUGAAAUCUUUUUGCGGCAUUUUGGAUCUCAUACAGGCCUGAUAUUUCCAUGUGGAAUUGGUGGCACCUGAUUGUAAAGUUUACCAUUUUAUAAUCAGUACUCACUGCUACUAUUUAUAAUGCGAUGUUUUUGUUGUUGCAAAUACCAUAAAUGAAUUAAAGUACUGCAUGUGCUAUGGAUUGAAUCCACAAGAAAUUGAAUACUAAUAAUGAAUGGUUGAAAUAACCAAUAAAGUAUUAACU